GAUGGCAUUCUUGGUAGUUUUCAAUCAAGGAGAAGAUAAAGAAAAAUGAUUGAUAAAUAUUUAUCCUCAAUAAAGCCAUUAUUAGAUAGUAAUGACAACUACAGCGCACACCAAAGAGUGAGAACUAUUUCAACGAGAUUAUCGAAGAAUGGCAAAUCAAAGGAGUCAAUUGAAUUGUUAUUCACCGUAUCAAAGUCGCUCUUAGAGAAAUCUGAGUGGGGUUCGGCUAUCGAUUGCUCAAUAUUGAUGUUGAAUCAGUUAUCAAACUUAAACGAUUGGGAUCUUUCUUUGGUAACUCAAUUGAUAUCUUUAACCACUAACGAGAACAGCUGGAGGAAGAAGUUGAUCGAUAACGCUAUAACAACCUCGGCAACUUCAUUCAAAAUCCCUUCUGGUCAUCCAGAUUUAUUGGAUUUCAUCGGUAACUUAUACUACAAAGAGCGUUCUUAUCCAUUGGCUGAAUAUUACCUCAUAUUAGCUUCAAAGAAGGAAUCCGCUGUCACUUUAGCUAAAUUAUAUAUACAAUGGUCACAAUCUCCUAAUCAACAUCACAACGAUAUCGGUAGAUAUGCUUUGAGGGGUGUUCUCGCUUUCAUCCUUGCAGAACAAGUCGAAGCAGCUAUCACCUUCACUUUAAAUUUCUUGAUUCAAUUACAAUUAACGAAUUCAACUAUAUUCUUAGAGAAUCAGUCACUUGAUGGUAUCACUCUUACUCAUUCUCAUACUUUGAACUUUGCUCAAUUCAUCAUUGCCUCAAUACAAAGAAGCUCUACAUCGAAUAUCGCACAAGAAUGGAAAUCUUUAGUUAGUCAUUUUAAGAACAAGAGUGAUAUUAUCAACUCUCAACCAGUUGCACAAGCUUGUACUGAAAUAGGUUCACUCUACUUUGAUAUCAGACCUGUAAAUACAGGUGGAAAUAUGAUGGAUAUCAUGUCUAGCCUUCUAGGCGGUGGUGCUCCUUCAAAUCAAUCAAAACUUAAGCUCUUGAACAAGAACUCAGCAGCUGAAUUAGAUUGAACUCUGUCUUAAAUAUCCUUCAAUCAUUUUGUCGCUUAAAUAUGAUACUCCUUCAUUCAUACUUAUUGUAUUAAUGGCAAACUUUUCGCUUAAUUCAUUAGCAUGAGAACAAUGAUCGGAAAUGUUGACAUAAAUAUUAUUUAUAGUGUAC